AUGGCGGCAUGGCUCGAUAUCCUCUCGGAUACCACAGGCAGAUCUUUGGUAGACACUGGGCGAUUUGAAGAAAUUGUCCAAGGAAUGAGCCACCCCAACUCGCAAUACCCUUCUCUUGUCUAUUUCGCGGGCAAUGGAAAUCGCGUCAAGGCCCUGCAAGCUUUGUUUCCUCGCAAUAACGUCACUCGCAAGGGACCUGCUGGACUCAUUCGAGUACAUCUUAGUACAGCAACUGCACAUACUGAGCAUCCUAUCAUAUUUGCCGAGAGUAACCCUUUUAGUCAAGCUGGGGUGGGUGACACUUGCUUGCUUAGGUGGUCUGGAGACAGACAUCGACGAUAUCCUCUCUCCCUUGGGGAGUCUCAGCCUCUAGCAGACCUUCAACAAGAAGUGAUAAGACAGAAAAUUUUGCCAUGGACGCAAGUUCUCUGCUUUUUUGUCGACACCAUCUCUGAGAUGCAACAUGUGCAACAGCUGCUAGAUGCACCGAUUGGGACCCUAUCGAUUGGAGCUUCACAUAUCCGUAGCAUGAUGCGUGUGGUAAUUGUGCUGUCAGGCGACUCUCAACUUGAAGCGCAUGGCGCGGAUGAUGGCUUUGAAUUACCCAAUGCAUGGUUAGGGCAGCACAAGCUCACAAUUCUGGAUCUCCGCGACCGGUCGAAAUUGUCACCAUCUGUUGCAUUUGACCCAUUGAGAAGCCUAAUUCUUGACCAAAUCCAACAGAUUCGAUCGUUACAGAAAGAAAAAUGCCUCUCAUUCUCGGCCGUACAUCUCAACGCACUCUGGGGCCGAGGUCUUCAACUUCGAAUGGGAAGUUCAAACCCAGCCAGCCUUGACUGUCUUUUGGUGGCACGCGAGGGCUUUAAAAGGAAAGCAGCAAUGGCCAGUUGUUUUGUGGAGUUACAAAGUCAAUUUGCAAGUUCUGCUUGCCCUGAGAAUGAGGUUUACAGCUUUAUCGCCUCGGCUCUCCUUAUGGAUGCCUAUCCGCCUGAGAUGCAUCUUUUCGAACCGAAAACAGUUUUCAAUGCCCUUUACCGGGCACAUUGUUGGAAUGUCUGGGAAGGGAGAGACCCUGAAAUAAUCUGCAAUAAAAUUAUGCACUACUUCACCGAGAGCUUUGCUGAAUUGAGUUCCAAGGCCUCAGCGGACGUCGCUGAUCUAUUUGCCGGGACAAGUGUUGGGGCGCUUUCGGAAGUGGACAUAGUAUUGAAUGGCCUAUCUGCCGAGGAGAGUUGCGCCAAGUUUCCGGCUUUGGCCCGGAUAAUUUUCGGUUCGCCUCGCUUUUUAGCCGAUUGCCAGUACGACUCAGAACGACUAGAGGAUACCUUGCAAAAGGUGGUCGACCCCCAACGUCGGAUGUUUGAUGUGACGACGACGAGCUCCACCCGUUGUCGAGUUGCCAUUAUCACGAGUCGUACUUCUGACGGGAAGGCAUGUGUUUUGGCGAAUUAUCGUGGGACGGGCCAGCGAGAAGUGAAUGCGGCGUAUCAGUUCCUUAUCCCUAAGACGGAGGAUGAGAAUCCUCACAGCUCAGUGCAGCGUCGCAGCCCCUUUGUGAGUGUCCCGGUAGCUUUGAAGAUGGUCGCUAAUAACAGCAGCUUUUUUCGAUCAAAGUCCCUUCCAGGAUUCGGAUCGCUGCAGGAUGGCGGAGUUCGUGCCAACAAUCCUCUGGCAAUUGCGCUCAAGGAGUCAGUGGUUAUCUGGCCCUCAGCCAAAACCCAUGAUCUACUCUUGGACCUGGUGAAGCUGGUGAUGGUUGAAUUUCCAGGUGCAAGGUUUGAAACAGCCCGUGGCCACCGUCUCGGAGACGUCGAUGAAGAUGACGGUUGCCAUGUAUGUGGAUACUACCGCAAAAAGGUGGCAUUCUCGAUCAAUGGACUUCAUGAAAUGACAUCAAUUGGGAUUGCCAGCUCGUCGUCCUUCCAACGGAUUGGCGGCUUUCCAAAGUCGGUGCAAGAACUCCUCGAUGACCAACAAGCAAAUUCCCACUUUGGUCGUGCAGACCAUUUGGUUGCUUCCUGGCCCCCGAAAAGGAAUUGCUACUGUUCGCCACGAGUUAAACGUCAUGUUCAAUUCUUGGAGCCUGCCUUGAUAAACAAGAAGCGGCGACUAUGA